AUUUUGUUUAGUUAGUUUGAUUCGGAGGAACUUUUCAUAAUUUUUCGUUAAAUUUUGUGCUACAUAUUUCGAAAAAUACUUUAUAUUUUUCAUAUUCAAGUGUUUAUAAAAACCUUAAAAUUCAUUAUGAGUUCAUUGCUUUUGACCGAGACAGUUAAUUUUGAAGACACCAUCUCAGACACUUACAUUCUUGAUCUUAAAAUCUCCAAAACUUGGAUCCGUUCAAUUGUUGAUUGGGCGAAGCCAUUAUCGUUUGAUAAAAAAUACGAGUUUUAUAAUUCGAUUCGUACUAUGAUGGAAUGGUUGACUUCUGUUGAAACAGAUAUCAUUACUUUGACAUCAGAGCCACCGCAAAAUUUGCUCAGCAAAAAAGGCUAUCUGUUAUAUUUGCGUAGUCUGAUGCGAAAAAUUAAAGACAAUAAGAAUCUGAAAGAUCGCAUCAUUAAAAAAGGCGGCAAGAUUAUCAAAAGAUUAGAUUAUCCACCAACUAUAAAGAUGGUUAACAAUUGGAUAGCACGUAUUCAAUCAAAGUGGAUUGUAGUUUGCAACUUGGCUAUUCAAGCGGAAAAGCAACUAUUAGAAUAUUCUGAAUUUUUUGAAGAAAAUGUCUUUAUUAAAGAUUCUGUAACUAAGGAGACAGCCGAAUUGUGAUUGAUGUUUAAAAUAAUGUUAUGUUUGUUUUUUAUGAAACUUUUUUAGCUUUAUGGUAAUUACUGCCAAUUGUACUUUCAUACUCUGCUUAGAGAAACUUCUAUAAAAUAGCUAAAUUCUACUUUUUAACAGACAGCUGAAUUAUGAUUAUUUAAAAUACGAUAUAUUUUUUUAUUUGACAAUUUGUUGUUUUAUGGUAAUGAUAUUAAUAUAGUUUUUUUAUGUACUCUCAUUAAACGUUUUACAGAAAUCAUUAAUAAAUAAUACAUAUUUCUAUAAUUGUAUUUUAGCUCUAUUAGAUCUAAAUUCCAGAUAUAAUUUUCUCUAAAUAUAUUGUUAACAAAUCAAAUACCUCAACUAUUAAAUAAUAAAAUUAUCUGCCCAGAGCUACUUGAUCAAAUUUGUUUUAAAAUACCAGCUUAUAAUACCCGAUCUCAACAAUUAUUUUUUACUAUUCUAGGGAAAAAUAAUUUCAUUAAAUAUAGCCCAAUAAACCGUAUGUUAAUGUCUUGUAAUAAUAUUUCCAACUUUGAUUUUUUUUAUGAUUGUCCUAACAAAUUAAAAUGGGUAAUAACUAAUAAUAAUCAUUCUAACACAAAUAUUUAAUGUUAUAUUCAUAAUAAUUCAUUACUUCUAAUUUAUAUUAUUUUUAUACUUAAUAUCUAAUUAUUG